AUGACAGCUUUCAAGUUAAUUCCAUUAGCUUCGAAUAAUAGAUUAGUUUCAUCACACAAAGAACAGAAGGAAGAAGAAUUACUCAAUAUUCUUUUAUUAUUAGAUCAAGAUAUUCAUCAUUUGGCAGAUAAGCAAAUCAGGAAUAACAAGUUAGCGAAAUUUAGCCUUUCUUUUGUUGAUGAGAUAUGCACAGUAGAAUAA